AUGGUUGUGAUGUCCCGUCCCCGGGCAUGUAAGGGGCCGAGCGGAACGCCAUUGGCGAAACCGAUUCAUCUUGGAAUCUAUCGCCAGUGCGGGAUAUGUGUUCAAGUCCUAGAGACAAAGGAGAGCAUCCAGGUUGACGCGGCGGUGGAUGCAGUGCCAGUUCACAAAGACUGCUAUGCCAUGGUCAAGAAGCAAUGCGCCGACCAUGAUGAUUCUGCCAUCAACGUCCGGAUAUGGGCAGUGGCUGCCUUUAGGCAACCAUGGAACAAUUCUCAGCCCUUGCUUCUUCCUCAUCCCAUGAAUACCGACGUGUCCUUGAUUGAGAGCGUGGCCACGGAGCUUGGAGUGGCAAAGCUACUACUUGGCUUGCCAGCCGAGCUCGUUAGAGCCAUACAGGGCUUUUCGGAACGCUCGCUGUUCUGGCGGUUCGUGAUAGCACGUACCGUAGCAGAGCACAUAUCAAAGACUAUGGACCAGCCGCUCGCAUUGCAGACGACGCCGCUGACAGAAAUUGCGGAUUGGAAGCGCGGAGCCGCAGUUACAAGUGCCUCUUCCAGAUCCCUGCCUCCAUUCAUCACAGUCAAUAUCGACUCCGAUGGCAUUCGCAGCAUAUCUCGCCAGAGUCGUGCCCCUGAGUAUGCAAGGGGACGUCUUACCAACGUCGCAUACAUCUUUCUGUCUCAAGAUGAUGACUAUACAUCCAAAUUAUAUGUUCAUAGUCUAUACGGUCGAUGCCGCUUUGUAAUUACUCCUGAUAUGGAUCCUCCUCGAAUUUGGGAAACUCCUACCCCACCUGCUUGGUCUGCCUGCAACAUGUCCAUAAAUGAAGAACAUCUCACCAGGAAGUGGCCACGCUUGACUGUCGCCAAUCUGGAAGGGAUAACAGGCAUAACCUUCUUUCUUAUUUAUGGAGGCCUCGCCGGCAUUCACCUCCAUUCCCCUGGGGAACCAUCUGCCAUGGACACGUUUAACAAAUUGCCCAACUCGGUUGGAAAGUGUUGCGUGUGGAACUACGUCCCCAUCUCCAAGGGUGAUCGGAUAACUGGUAUUGGCGUCAAGCGAGACCUAGGGAGGCCUUUCAACAUCUUGAUACAAACGGAGAAAUCCGGCCCCAUCAUCGUGGGAUCGCAUAACAAGGCCCUUAAAGAUGGCUGCUUCGUCCAGGCUGCUCCUCAAAUGCUUGUUUAUCAGCAACCACAAUGGUGGGGCCCUGCGAGAGAAUUGGGCUUCCUCGGCACAUACUCUGCUGGAGACCCGGCCAAAAAGAUGGACAAAAGAGACUUUCCUGACAACAGAUACGAGAGUAGCCCGAUCAGUAUGCACAGCUUUGUCGAAACAAUUUACUUUUCUUGGGCACCUCUUGAAAAUGUUGCAUCUGCAGUCAUUUACAGAGGACGGCUCAACGGAGUCACAAGAGGUGUUGUGCUGCACUAUCACCACGGAGGAUCCCGAGCUCUUGGGCAUGUCCGUGUCGGCGUUGAUUUGACAGAGGAAAUUGUGCAGCCCAUUGGAAUAUGUUACAAGAUAGCUAACAGAUGGAAUCCGCUCUUGGUAGCGAACAACGACGACGAAGACGGUGACCCUGAGAAACCACAAUACCGGCGGAGCAUUUAUAGUGUACGAGUGGAAUUCCAGACGGAACUAGAGCACCAGCACCCUCACGGCGAGUGGUGGUGCUGUGAGGCAAUGGAGAAUAACCUCAAGUUCUGGAGCAUGGUUGCGAAUACGUUCUGUAUUGUGAGGGAUGAGACGGAUAAUAUACCGAGUGCCACUUCGAUCGAUUUGAGUAUGUAUGAGUAG